AUGUCUAAGCCAGCUAUCGGCUUCGUCGGCCUGGGCGCCAUGGGUUUCGGCAUGGCCACCCACCUGGUGAAGGAGGGCUACGCGGUGCAGGGCUUCGACGUGUUCCCGGCAUCGGUUGAGCGCUUCACGGCCGCGGGCGGUAUUGCAGCCUCGUCUCUGCGGGAAUCUGCGAACGGAAAGCAGUUCUAUGUCUGCAUGGUGGCGUCGGCGCCGCAGGUGCAGACGUCCUCCCCCCAAAACGCAACCCUCCUCCUCUGCUCCACCGUCGCCGCCUCCUACGCCCAAUCCGUCGCCGCCGAGCUCCAAGCCCGCGGUCGCGCCGACAUCCACUUCAUUGACAGCCCCGUCUCAGGCGGAGCAAAGCGCGCCGCCAACGGCACGCUCUCGAUCAUGGCGGGCGCGCCCGACGCGGCGCUGCAGAGCGGCCGGUUCCUGCUCGAGACUAUGGCCGACGCCAACAAGUUGUACCUGGUCCCUGGCGGGAUCGGUGCUGGCAGUAACAUGAAGAUGGUGCACCAGGUGCUGGCGGGGGUCCAUAUUCUGGGCGCUAGUGAGGCGAUGGGGUUUGCGGCGCACUUGGGGCUGGAUGCUGUCAAGACGGCGGAGGCGAUCAAGGCGUCUGUGGCGUGGACUUGGAUGCAUGAGAACCGGUUGCAGCGCUUGCUGGAGGAGGAUUGGCAUCCUGGGGCGAGUGCGCUGACGAUUAUUUUGAAGGAUGUGGUCUACCUAUCUGCCCUGCUCCAGGGCUACGGCUCCGUCGACGACUCGUCCAUGGUGCGCCAAUACUACGCCGAGCCCGUCACCAAGGUAUCCUGCACCAAGUCUGCCGCUGAGACCGCCGAAGCUCUGCAGCUGGUGCUGGACAUGAUGCAAGUCACCAACCUGGUUGCCGCGGCCGAGGCAAUUGCGUUCGCCCGCUAUCUGAAGGUUGAUCUCCAGCAAUUUUUUACUCUUGUCAGCGAUGCAGCGGGGGCGAGUCGGGAGUUCUUGACGAAGGGACUAGAUAUGAUCGAGGGCCGCAUCGGCGCGAAUGCUGCGUCUGAGACGAUUGAUGGAGCUAUUUUGCGUCUGGAGAAGGCGGUGCAGAAGGCUAGGGACUUGCAUUGUCCGUUGAACUUGGGCAAUGCGGCGAUGAGUGUGCUGUUCCUGGCGAAGAGGGCGGGUUUCGGUGCUGAGGGGAGCACGGGUGUGAUCAAGGUGUUUGGCAACUAG